CCCAAUAACAAAAAUUGACGUUUAUAAUAUUUUUGACGUUUCUUAAUGUUUUUUGUAGUUUAUGCACAAAAAUAACUUUUAUGGUAUAUUUGCUACUUUUGAACGAUAAUUAAACAUUCUUCAAGAUGUCUACGGCUAUGUUAACUGCCGAUUGGUUUUUAUUGGGGAGAGAUUUGUAUUUUAGAAAAUUUGAGAUUUAUUCUAUGGCAUGGCAGCAGGAAAUAAAUUUGGAUAAAUUUAUCGUGUCCUGCGCCCCUUACGGAGGGCCCAUAGCUAUUCGUAGAGAUGAUCGUAAGAUUGUUAAAGUCCAGGGAAGUGGACAGCCCAUCAUAUCUAUUUUUUCCGGGUACGGAAAGCAAAUUACGUCUUUUAAAUGGACAAAGAAACCUGUAGUGGCAAUGGGAUGGUCAAACGACGAAAAACUUAUUUGUAUCCAGGAAGAUGCCUCAGUGGUUAUUUAUGAUCUUUUUGGAAAGUUUGAUCAUACUUUCAGCAUAAGCCCGAAGUUAACAGACGCCAAAAUCGUGGAUGCCAAGAUUUUUACGAGUCCUCAAAAUUUUACGGGGAUUGCUGUGAUGACGGCCAACUAUAAGGUGUUUUUGGUCAACAAUAUUCUUGAGAUUAAGACUAGGCAACUGUCAGAACUCCCAAGAUCAAAUAUGGCUCCUACAUGUUGGGCUGUUGUUUCUGAAUCUUCUUGCACAGAAGUUUUAAUAGCAAGGGGAAUGGAACUGUACAGGUUAAAACAGGAUGAACACCACACCAGUGCAGUGUUACAAGCUGAAUUUGAAAAUAGUUACUCUUCCAUUCUGGAUAUGGCUGUAUCUUUUAAUGCAAGACAUAUUGCAUUAUUUACUGAUUCAGGGUAUUUAUGGAUGGGAUCUACAAAUUUAACUGUAAAAUAUUUUGAAGUUGAUACCAGUACAGUUUAUAAACCUACACAGAUAAUGUGGUGUGGGAACGAGUCUGUGGUACUAUAUUGGGAAAGAUUCAACACCCUACUAAUUGUGGGCAAACACGGUCAAAAAAUGUCGUACACAUACGACAGCUCCAUAAGCCUCGUCCCGGAAAUAGACGGGGUAAGGAUAAUAUCGAACAGUCAGCACGAAUUGCUACAAAAAGUUCCGGACGUGGUCGAGAAAAUAUUCCGGAUCAACAGCACAGAUCCGGGAAGUUUUUUGCUCGAAGCCUCCAAGCAAUUCCAAAAGGGAAGUCAUAAAGCCAACGAGUACAUCAGUUUGGUUAAACACGAUUUGGUUAGGGCUGUUGAGCAGUGCAUAGACGCUGUGGGGUAUGAGUUUGAUACCAAAGUUCAAAAAAUGCUUAUAAGGGCCGCACAAUUCGGAAAAUGUUUUAUUUCCGAUGCCGGAUAUUCGUCAGAUAAAUAUGUUAAUAUGUGCAGAUUAUUAAGGGUGUUAAAUGCUGUAAGAGAUCCGAAAAUUGGCAUACCCUUAACUAUAACACAAUUACAAUAUUUAACGUAUAAAGUCCUGUUAAAUCGUUUAAUAACAAGAAAUCAAUAUUAUCUUGCAAUAUUAAUAGCCAAGUAUUUGAAUAUGCCUGAAAACGAUGGGACGAAUCAUAUUUUGGUACAUUGGGCUAAAUACAAGGUAAGUCAGUCCCAGUUGGAGGAGGAGACAGUUGCAAGGGAGAUAGCGGAAAAAUUGGGGUACACCACUGGAAUUUCUUACAGCGAAAUUGCGAGUACAGCGGCAGACCAUGGGAGAAAAAAAUUGGCGAUUAAGUUAUUGGACUACGAAUCCAAUGCUAGCAAACAAGUGGAGCUAUUAUUAAAACUAGGGGAAAAUACACCAGCACUGGUAAAGUCCAUCGAAAGUGGCGACACUGACUUGGUGUACAUGGUGAUAUUAAAGUUAAGGGAAAAAAUGGCUCUGGGAGAUUUCAAGAUGACAAUAAGAAACUACCCUGUAGCUCAAAGUUUAUACAUAAAAUACUGCAAAGAACACAACACACAAGCUCUAAACGAAAUUUAUAUUCAAGAAGACGAUUUUUGUGCCCAAGCUGAAACUUUUAUCAUGGAAAGUUUAGAUCCCAAGAAAGAAUUAAUGAAAGAUUCCCUCCUCACAUCUGCAAUGGAUGCGUACAAGAAGGGCCGCAAGGAUCUGUACGCCAACCUCUGCGAGGAAUCUUUGAAACUACUGAAAUACCAAAGAGAGCUGGAGGACAAAUUGGGGGUCAAGAAUGUUUUCGUGGGGAAAUCCGUUCACGAAACCUGCAAACUAUUACUCGAAAAGAAUGAUAAAUUGGCCGAAAAAUUCAGAAGCGACUAUAAAAUACCAGAGAAAAGGUUUUGUUGGCUAAAAAUCGACAGGUUGGUCAAAAAUAAGGAUUGGCUGGAGUUGGAAAGAUUUUCAAAGUCUAAAAAAUCUCCAAUUGGGUAUCAUCCAUUUGUGGACGUUUGCCUGCAAAACGACAAAAAAGAUGAGGCUAUCAAAUAUUUGGCAAGAGUUAAUGAUGACGUCAAAGUUAAAUAUUACAUUAAGGCUGGUCUUCUGGAGGAAGCAGCGGACAUAGCAUUUCAACAGAGAGACAAGCAAAGUUUGUUGUAUGUUCAAAGCAAAACCAUUGCACAAUCUAGAUUAUCAGAAAAAAUUAAUGCUAUGGUGAUGCAAUUGGAUUCCAAAAAAUAAUAAAACAAAUAAUAUUUGUAUCAAGUCAGAAUUCGUGAAACUGAUCACUAAAAAUAGAUUAGUUUUAGGUUUGGAAGUAAAUACAAAAAAAUUGUGGCAUUUUAAUACACCAUGACAAUUUUUUUUCUCCUGUUAUUUUGGGUUAUUUUAAUUUUAUUUAAAUUUAUCUCAGCAUUUCACGCAAGAAUUCUGUGUUCUUGAUCUCAUGUAUUAAAUUCAAUAAAAGUUUUAGAAC